AUGUUUCCUACACUUCGACUAUUUUCGCGCACCACCUAUCAGGGUUCGCGAGGUAGCGGACCGGGUCGGAGCGGCAAGACCACCUUUCGAUCCUCUCCCUCCUCGCGCGCCACAGAGGUGGAAGCUCAGCAAGCCGGUCGUAUCCUCAAACGAUCUCAACGAGGCCUGUACCACGGAUCUCUGAUCCAAUCUGGCAACAAUGUUCCCAAUUCGCGUCAAAAGACGCGCAGAACCUGGUUGCCCAACGUUCAGAGCAGGAACAACUUGUGGAGCGAAGUGUUGCAGAGGCACAUCUCCACUCGCAUCUCUACCAGGGCUAUGAGGACGAUUGAAAAGUAUGGAGGAUUGGAUGCGUAUGUUGCCAACACCAAGGAUGCGUUGUUGGGUGAUUUUGGCAGGAGGUUGAGGGAGGAAAUGGGAGCUAGAGUGAUGGCCAUCUGGACCUCUCAAGGCAAUGCAGGUAUACCAUCCGGCAAAAUCAACUUCAAGAGCGCUUCCAGGAGUCGGAAAGAUGCGGCAAGGACAACGAAGGAGCUCAAGACGGUGCAUGGCAAGUUGGGAUUCAUGGAACAGAGAGCUCUGGCAAGGUCUUCUUCCCCUUUAGUCAAUGCGCAAUCGCUGGCCGAGAGAGCUAGGUUGUUGGGUUUGGCAAGAAUGCCUCCUAAAGCUGCCCAAGGUCAGACGAGGCUCGCUGCUGAACAGGACAUUGCGAGCGAGGCGAGGGUGGACAAUGCUAGAGCCGACGCAGCAAAGGAGCUCUGA